UUCCAGAAAUCCCCGCAAGAAUCCGCGCCAGCACCAGCACUAGCAGCAGAGCCAAAGCAACCAGAGCGUUCGCCAUUGUUCCUCCCCUCUCGCCCCGAUCGUACCAGCUGUGUGCGAGCAUCCAAGAAGAAUCGAAGCUGAUGCCUGCGCCGCCGCUCCGGACCGUGCACCUGCGCCGGUCUCCCUCGCCGCCCGACGACGCGCCAGAGUCGGCGGCCAUCGCCGUCGACGGAGGCGGCGGGGUGGACCUCGCCCUGGUGGGCCGCGCGCUGGGGCUGGACCCCGCCAGCGUCCGCCUCAACGGCUACUUCGUCAGCCGCGGCCCCGGCCACGUCUCCACGGCGGUCACCUGGGGCGCGCUCCUCGCCUUCUUCGCCGCGCGCGGGCUCCCCACCGGCGCCGACCCCACCGCGCCCGUCGCCGUCCGCGGCAGGCCCGCGCCUUCGCCCCCACGCCCAGAUCCUGGAGUUCUUCAGUCCUCCAAGCGUAAGUCUGGGUUGGAGACAGAAAAUUGUUCCAAGAAGAGCAAGCUCCAACACAACAGCUCAGCUCUUUCAAAAUCUAGCGAGGAGCUACUUAGUGAUGAGAUCACCCUUGGUUUGAAGAGAAGACUCAGAUUGGACGACAUGACUCCAUCUAAGAGGAUCAAACAAGUAGACUACAACUCAGAAACACAACAGCCAGUAAAAUUCUCCUGCAGCUUCAUGAACGGGCACGGAAAGCGGACACGAGAUGAGGAGAUGGUCACCUCACUCCCAUGCAAGAGAGUCCGGUGAUGUCGAAUCUACCAGCAGACUGAGACUUUUGUGUCACAAGUCUUGGUUACUCGAAACAACUCGCAGAGCUAAGAUUAUGUGAACUGUCAUGGCUAAGCGGCUUAAAGCUAUGUGUAGAUGUGUAGAUUGGUCUGGAGCCAUAGUUUCAGGUUUGUAUCAAGUGCCAGUUGAAACAGUUGUAACACUUAAUUUUUCUUGUGUACAUCGGUGUGUUUGUAUGAUGCCAGAAAAUCUGCUAAUGGUGGUCCAAGAUGAUGUAAUCAGUGCAAAAUGCUAA